CGGUGCGCAGAACGCAGCUGUCAGUCGCCUGCGCAGUGUGCUAAUAUGUUGCGCGUGUGUGUGUUACUUGUAUUUGUGUGCGUGCUCGGUGUUGGGAGCCUUAGGGGAAGAGGUCUCUUCUGCCGAGAUCCAGACACAGGCAAACUACAUGCUGUGAACACCACGUGGCCAGCUACCUCAUUCUGCGGCAACUACCACUGCAAAAUACGAAGAAAGAACUUAACAGGUCACGUAUAUGCUCCAUUACGACAAGUCAACAUAACCAACCUCAAACUGAUAGGAGAAAAUUUCACAUUAAUAGACAUCAAAGAUGAUAACAAUAUAAAUAAAGACGAAGUUGCUAAAAACAUUGUUAAUGUCGACAAAAAAACUGAACCCGAUAUCAUAGAUGGAAUACUCAAUCUCAAAGGAGAAACAGGAACAAAAUUAGAUGAUAUCGUUGAAGACAGUAACGAAACGGAACAAGACAGAUAUUUGUCAGAAAAAGAGAUAAGAAGUCUAACAGAAAUGCUUCACACAGUCAAAAAGAGUGAUUUGGAUGCUAUUGUAGAAAUCUAUAAUUUGGCACAGGAUAUCUAUAAGGAAAUUGAUAAAACAAGCACGGACCAUGUGUUAGAAGAUAUUAUGCAUACUGCGAAAACUGUAGAGAACAAAUUCACGAGAUCUGAUCUUCUACAAAAGGUUAUUAAACAGGGGCAUGUAUCAUAUUGGUAUGAGCCUUUAGCUAGCGGCAAGGUGAGAGCAGCAGAUUUGAUGCGUCCCGACAUGUCACGAACAGAAACUAUGAGGAACGAUAUGAUUCCUGUUAUACCCGCAAUUCCUAUCGAUAUAGAACCUCCGGUGGAUAUGGUGCAAGUAGAACCACCCAAACUAGCAAUUAAUACAAAAUUUUCUCCUACACCAUCUUCGGAACCCUACCCAGCAAAUCAAAUGCGAAGAAUGACAGAUACAUUAUUGACUGGGCCUCUUAUAACGCACAAAGAUUUUGGGAAACUGCCCUAUUAUUAUCCGAUGUCGAAUUUCCAAAGAAUGGCUUCGUACCAGCAUGAUCCAAAGAAAACUUAUACCCCAAGUCCUAGAGGAGCAUCACCGCAGCAGCCUUAUAAAGCUAUGACUUAUAAACCAAUGUAUACCGCAGGGAAAUACCAAAAGGAAAUUCAGAAAUCAAUCUUGCUCCCGUACCCAUUCUCUAACAUUCACCAUUACAACUGGAGUCAUCCUCAGAAUAUGUACCACAGGAAUCAUUUAUUCGAAGAUAAAGAAUCCCUACCGAACAACAAUCCAAAUCCUCUGAGCAACCCAAAUACACUGAGCAAUCUGAAUAUUGUGAGCAACCCAAAUACAAUAAGCAAUCUAAAUGUAGUGAACAACGCAAAUACACAGAACAAUCUAAACGCACUGAACAAUCCAAAUGCACUCAAGAAACAAAAUACACUGAACAACCCUAAUACACUGAGCAUAAAUACGCUACACAUUCUCAAUGCACUGAAAAAUGCAAAUACACAGAACAAUGUAAACAGCCCAAAUAAAGUAAACAAUCGAAAUGCGCUGAACAACCCAUUAACACUGAACAUUCCAAAUACACUAAAUAUUCUAAAUGCUCUAAAGAAUUCAAAUAAACUGAAGACUCUAAAUACACUGAACAAUCUGAAUGUACUGAGCAACCCAAAUACACUGAACAUUCUCAAUGUACUCAAGAAUCCAAAUGCACUGAAGACAUUAAACUUAAAUUCACAGAGCAAUCCAAUUACAUUACACAAACAUAUACAAAAACCGAAAAAUGCCGUACUCAUGAAUCCAGAUUUGGAGAACUUUCAAGAUUUAGAAAUAAAAGCUACUAAUAAAGAGCAGAUCGCCAGAUCGCAAAAUUCAGACGAUAGGAGAAAACCUGAUUGGCAGACAGAUUCAUUGCCCAAGCAAAUAUUAGAAGAAGUAAGAGCCCAUAUACAGGAGAAACAAAGAGUGUUUAUUCACCCUUUCCCAUUAAGAAAAAAAGUAAAGUUAGAAAGAGUGGGCAAAGUCCAUAAAAUGGAUGAAGUAAAAAGAACCAAAAGACAGGUGGAAGGGAAAAAAGUAACCAAAGAAGCCCAGUUAGAACCAGAACUAUUCGAGGUUUUUAUAGGAAAUACGACGUAUAAAAAGGAUGAUAAUAUUAUCAUACAGGAUAUCUGAGUAGCUGUCCGGCCUAGCUGAUUAACGAUUAUACUAUGUAAUUCUGACUACACUGUACCUGGGUUCUUUCGGUACGGGAACUUGAGUCAGCCAUUUCCUGAAUGCUGUCCACAAAGAAUACAAACCCGGUGAAUUUUAAUAAGUAAAAAUAAUUAAAUUAGACAGUAAAAAUAAAUUGUACAUGAUACUCAUUAAUAGUAGAAAUAUUAGUGAAUUUAAAUAUACUCUUAAGUGGUCUGUGAGUGAGUUCGUACCAGAAGGUCAAAGAAAUACCAAAAUAUGUAUAUGUUCCUUUUUUAUAACAAGAGUGUUCAAACAUUUUUGUUUUUUAGUAACAACAGUUUUUGUAAAAAUAUUGGCGUAGUCAAAACAGUUCUUUUGUUUGUUUAAAAUUAAUUAAAUGAAACAAAUAAUUGCUAUCUUUAAUUUUUCUGUGAAAUUAAUUAGAGUAAAAAUGGCUGUGUAAAUAAAA